UUAGUAUAAAUAUUAGCCGUACAAUUCGAUAGUUAACAGUUAAGCUGAGUCAGUUACUUAAAACAUUGCUGUAUAAUACAUCUGCGAAUGCAGCGCUUUAUUUUUUAAACCGGAAAUGAUGCGCGGUCGUGCAUUUACCGUAAGCUGACGGUAAGAGCGCACUGAAAAUGUAGGAGUGGCUGGCUUGACUACGGAGAAACGAGAGGCGGCUGGCCUGACCGCAGUGAGCUACCGGGGCUGAUAGAAGGGUCAACACAUGACAUGUCUAGACAGCAGUGGGUGUAUAUGACUCUGCUGUUUGUGCACUACUCAUGUGUGUAGAUGCAAAGUUCUUAUAGUUAACUUCAUGAAUAUGCUUACAGCACUCUGUGAACAGCCAGUCCUUUCAACAGUGUACUUUUGAGUCUUACCCUCCACGUGGAGGGUGUCAGAGAUCGUUUUCUGGACGGCUGUCAAAGCAGCAGUCUUCUCCGUGACUGUGGUUGUGUGUAGGGCUUUAGGAACCACAAGCCAUUAUCAUCAAAAUUAAAACAAAAAAGCUUGAAAUAGUACUGUUUGUGUGUAAUGAGUCUAUAAAAGGCUAAAUUUUCACUUUGAAUAAUAUCUAACGAAAAAAUAACCUUUUCCGCCGUAUUGUAAUUGUAUGAAAAGCAUCUGUAGUGUUUUUUUAAACGUAGCUUUUAUUCUGAAGAGAUUGGCCGUUGGAAGACAGGAAGAAGCUGCUGUAUCAGCUGUCUGAGAUAACCACAUCGUUCGAAGUGAAUAAGCUGCUGUUGAACUAAAAUGAGGACAGAUCCAGCAACUGCAUAGCUUAUUUCUCGUCUCAGUUUAUAUCCGAAACUCUAAACAUAGCUCGCCACGAACCAUGUUAGCUCGACAGCACAAGUUACAACAGAGAUCUAUCCAGCUAAAUAAAGUGUUUCGCAUAGCCAAUGCAUGGGAAGCGAGGAACUGACAGAUUCUGUGGACACACACCAUCCGGCUCAACAUACUAAUCUCGCUUCGUAGCACAGCCCUCUAAAAGCCUUUGCGUCCGGCUGUGAGAUUGAUUAUUUAUUAGAACAACUAUUACAGCAUACGAUUGGGUCACAUACUUUGCAGUCACUUUGCUGUUGGAAAAAAUAUGACACGAUUAGUUAUUGAAUUCUUCACAUUAAAGGAAAUUCUACUUUUAUUUUGAAAAAUGGCAAAUAGCUUGGAAUUCGUGCUGUUGUUUCCUAAAACGGAAAGUAGAAACAGAUGCUGGGAAGAGACGGCAGACUAUGAAACACAUCAGUAUAAACGUGACGGAUGAUGAGGGAGCUGCAGCUCAACGAGACGACGAGCAGAGCGGUGGUGAUAAUACUGAACCUACAUCCUAGAAAAGCACGAUGGUGACGAGCAGCCAUCAGAUCGUGGAUAUGACUGGAUAAUAAACCACAGAAACUCCUCUCCAGACAUCUGACGGAUUCAGUGCAGCUUUCAGUCGGAACUGCAUUUGCUUUACAAAUUUUUGUACCCUGGAAUUGUGAGUUAUAGUUGCUGACGGGACAACUGCUUCUGACUAUUCUGAACAGAAUACAAUUAUUUUAGACCUCGUACAUUAUGCUGUCAUAUGUGGCAGCUGUGUUUUUCUACGUCAAGUAGACACAGAAUGCUCCACAGAGAUGUUGGAUGGAUGUUGUCCAUACACGUCAGCACCUCAGACAACGGUAGCAUUCAUACAUUUACUCUCUAUUAACCGCACAGCUCAACUCUUCUUCCAGUAAACGGCAAUGGCUCUAAAGUCAAGGAGAACGUGGACGACCGUCAUCUUCGGUGUUUUUCUCGGAUUCACCGCCUCCUCUUGGCUGAUCGUACCUCAGGUUCUGGAAAGUAAAAGGAAAAAGUCUCCCAUGUGUUCAUACUACAGUGACUCCGCUAAAGGUGUUGACAACCUCGGGAAUUCCCAGUCUUUAAAAAAACGGCAACAGUUUAUUCAGGAAGAGGACAGAUCAUUCAGUGCAGGAAACCGUAGCGGAGAUACUGACAGAGCCAUCAGCAGACCAAAGCAUUUCCUCUUUGUUGGCGUGAUGACAGCCAAAAAAUACCUGAGCACCCGAGCCGUGGCUGCUUAUGAGACAUGGACGAGCUCCAUCCCAGGAAAGGUGGAGUUCUUCUCCAGUGCGGGGUCUGGUACCGGCCACAUGCCCGUCCCCGUCCCAGUGGUUUCUUUGCCAGGUGUUGACGACUCCUAUCCACCACAGAAGAAGUCCUUCAUGAUGCUCAAGUACAUCCACGACCACUACCUGGAUAAAUACGAGUGGUUCAUGCGGGCAGAUGAUGAUGUGUAUAUAAGAGGAGAGAAGCUUGAGCUGUUCCUUCGGUCGCUGAACAGCAGCAAGCCUCAUUACCUAGGCCAGACAGGCCUGGGUAUGGCUGAAGAGCUAGGCAGAUUGGCCCUGGAGCCUGGAGAGAACUUUUGCAUGGGAGGCCCUGGGAUGAUCUUUAGUAGAGAGGUGCUGCGUAGGAUGGUCCCUCACAUCAGUACCUGUCUGCGUGAGAUGUACACCACCCAUGAGGAUGUGGAGGUGGGCCGCUGUGUGCGACGCUUUGGAGGAACACAGUGUGUGUGGUCCUAUGAGAUGCAGCAGCUUUUCUACGAGAACUACGAACACAACAAGAAAGGUUUCAUUGAAGAACUUCACAGUAGCAAGAUCCACAAUGCCAUUACACUCCACCCCAACAAAAAACCUGCCUACCAGUAUCGGCUCCACAGCUUCAUGCUUAGCCGUGAGAUCUCAAGGCUUCGUUAUCGUACCAUCCUGCUCCAUCGUGAAGGCUUGAUUAUGAGUUACCUCAGUGAUACUGAAGUACUGUGGGAAGACCAACAGUUUGGAUCUCCUCCUUCCUACAUGCGCUAUCAGGCCAAUGAGAGAAAUGAUGUAAUUGAGUGGGAUUUCCUGACAGGCCGUCAUAUUUAUUCUGCAGUUGAAAACAAGGUGGCCCGGCAAAGCCUUGGGAGCUUGCUUCGAUCAGCACUAGAAGACAUUAUUUUGCAGGUCAUGGAAAUGAUUAAUGAGAAUUCAAAAACACGUGGCAGGAUAAUUGACUUUAAAGAGAUUCAGUAUGGUUAUUACAGGGUGGAUCCAAUGCAUGGCGCAGAAUAUAUCUUAGACUUACUGCUUUUAUACAAAAAACAUAAGGGACGUAAGGUAACAGUGCCUGUGAGGCGGCAUGCUUACCUUCAGCAGUCCUUUAGCCGACCGUUCUUUACUGAAACUGAAGGGUUGGAUGUAGCUGAACUUGUGGCUGCAAUCAACUCUGAAUCCCAGUCUCUGUCUUUUCUAUCCAACUCUCUGAAGUUCUUGUCACCUUUCCAAUUCUAUGAAUCAGCCAGGGAGCUGUGGGAGCAAAGCCAGAGAAAGGUCAACAUCCUUGUCCCAUUGUCUGGUCGCUAUAACACCUUUGUCCACUUUAUGGAAAACUUUGAGAAAGUAUGUCUCAUACCCCAACAAAAUGUUAGGCUCUCCAUCAUUCUGGUAGACAAUGGGACCAGCCAGAACAGAAGAAGGCAUUUUCAGUUAAUCAAAGACUACAACAGGAAAUAUCCCAAAGCUGACCUGUCUGUAGUCUCUAUGACAGGCAACUUUUCACGAGGACUGGCUUUGGAGCUGGGCUCUUCACAACUUGAUAAUGAUACUCUACUCUUCUUCUGCGAUAUUGAUCUUAUCUUUAGUGGUGAUGCCUUGCAACGCUGCAGAGAAAAUGCUGUUCAAGGAAGACGGGUCUAUUUCCCUGUUGUCUUUAGUCAGUACAACCCUAAGAUAGUGUAUGGUGAAAAAGCCCAAAGAGAUAACAAAUUUGUCCUUACCAAGAAAAAUGGUUUCUGGCGAGAUUAUGGCUUUGGAAUCACUUGUAUUUUCAGGAGUGACUUAAUAAAAGCUGGAGGUUUUGACACAUCAAUCCUAGGCUGGGGAUUGGAAGAUGUAGACUUGUUUACAAAAGUUAUUCAUUCUGAUUUGAAAGUGUUUCGCAGUCAAGAACCUGGAAUGGUCCACAUUUAUCAUCCUGUACACUGCAAUGCAAGUCUUGAACAGAAGCAACACAAAAUGUGCCUUGGGUCAAGAGCAAGUACAUUUGCAUCAACAAUGCAGUUAGCAGAGAUGUGGCUGGAGAAACACAUAGAGGUAGGGUAUAACAGAACUUCAUCUUGACGUUCUACUUCUACAGGGCUUCUUCAAGCAAGUUACCUCAGGCUUAAACAGAGAUGGUGAUAGUCUGCUUAAGCAUAUCUGUGGAUCAGAGGUUUUCAGAGGCUUGAAAAUGUUCCCAGGAAAGAACCAAGGCUGUCAUAUCUGCAAUAUUAGCCAGGUAAAACCACACAAGAUCCAAACUGACUUGAUAGCUGGUAGACCACCGUUGAACAUAUCCGAAGGACUUCGAAUAGAACCAAGUCUACAACUGCUACAUGCAGUGUGCUGUGAAAGCAAGUAAGCAUGUUGGUUACUUAAUCCACUUAAUCCACAGCUGGAAAAACCACUGACUGGUUGCAGCUGGAUGUUGGCUGGUACACUUACUAUUUACUAAAGCAUUUGACUGUGCCAGAGAUGGAAAUAUAAAGCCUUGACCUUUUUUCAUCUUAGAGGCUGGGCUAACAUUUUUACAAAUACUUGGCUAAUCUGAGUACCAAACCUGGAAAUUAAAAUAAAUGACCCAAAGAACAAGCUGUAUCACCCAAAAUAUAAUGAAUGAAAUGCAAAUUAAAGGAAAAAGUAUAUAUUGGCAUCAAAGCAUUUAAGUAUUGACAGUUUUACUCAAAGUGGUGUUUUAAUGUGUUGCCACUUUCUCUCAAAGAGAAUUGAUAGGACUUAUACCAGAAUGCUACGGAAGGUACAAAACAUCUCCUGGAAAUUGCAUCUUACCAACAAGUUGUUAUAUGGUCCCCAUGCGCAUUUGUCCAAUAUGUAAAUUAGGCAACGUAGACUAGCAUUAGCUGGACACAGCAAAGCAGCUGGUCGAGUACUGUUAUGGAAACCUGAUGCUAUCAAAAGGGUUGGCAGGCCUUGCACAACAUAAGGAAGGUACUUGAAGAAGACACUGGUCUAGCAGGGAAAGAAUGUCUGACUGCAAUGUUGGACAGAGAGAGCUGGAUGAAGAACUUUAUUCAUGCCACCGAUACCAUUGGAUGCAACUGACUGAUUGACUGAAGUUUCAGUAUGCAGCAAAAACACCACCCGAAACUCUAUUAAUCCAUAAAUUGAAUACUCUGUCACUCUGCUUUCCAGGAAUGAAGUCAAUGUGGCUUUGGGUGGCUACUGUACCCUGAGCAUCAUCUUCACUGUACUGAACAAUCUGUAUGUAUGUUUCUCUUUGAGUGUGAGUCUGUGAGCGAGGGAGUUGGCCUAUCUUAAUGCGUUAAGUUAGUCUACGUACCUUAAUCUUCCAGUGAAUUUUUAAAAAUAGCUUUGUGUAGACCUGAUGUUGGGACAGUGUGGUUACUGUGCCACAAUGAUUUCUGUUGUGGUACUGGACUAGUAAUGCAAGCCUCUGCUCAACAGUGUCUCUCAUUUCCACUUUCAAGUUCAGUCUUCUCGCUGACCUGUAGUUGCCAUGAUUAGCUUACCUUGCUUGUAUUAAUUUUAGACCAUGAUGGUUCAGCAUAAUUCAAUACUUUAUUGUCAUUGUCAUAAUACAGUUAUAAUAACAACAAGGUAUCGUUUGAGGGCACGGCUGUUACCCUCACUGCCUGAAGAUUGAGGCUGUGGGCCAGCCUGGUGGUUUUUGUGCAGAUGGACUUGUAUGUCUUCCCAAAAGGCAGCAGUUACAACAAGUAGUGAGUAGAUUACACAGGACACUAUGCACACACUGUAGACAGUGUAUGGUGUAGAUGGUGCUGAUGUCCGGGAGACUGGUCCCGAUGAUUUUCCCUGCUGUUUUCACCACCCUCUGAAGGGCCUGCUGCUUAGCCUUAGUGCAGCUGGAGUACCACACUAAGAAACCAUAAGCCAGUAUGCUAAUGGCAUGUUAAUGGCACACUUGUAAAGUUCACCAUGAGCUGCUGAAGAACUGUAGCACUUCUCAGUCUCCUCAAAUAGUAGAGGUGUUGCCAGGCUUUACCCACAGCCGAGAUGGUGUUAUUGACCCCAUGAAAAAUCUUCUGUCAUAGUCACACCCGGGAGCUUAAAGUUUGUAACUCUUUCCAUCACCUCACUCCUAAUAGAAAGUGCUGUAUGGGUGGAUUGUCCUUUUUUGUGAAAGUCCACAAUCAUUUCCUUGAUCUUCUUAAUGUUGAGAGCCAAGUUGUUGUUUCCACACUAUGAUGCCAGAUGUUGUACUUCACUUCUGUAAGCUGACACCGUGGUGUCCUCAGCAAAUUUGACAAUAAGAUUGGUGAGAAAAGAGGUACAGCAGUCGUGUGUGAAAAAUGUGUAGAGCAGUGGACUAAGCACACAACCCUGCUCUGGUGUUGAUGAGGAGGGUGAAUGAGGUCUGCCAGCCAGCUCCAACACACUGUGAAUGGUUUGUGAGAAAGUCCAAAAUCCUAUCUUUUCAGACCAAGGUUGUGUAGUAUGAAAUCAAAGUUUGUUCGGCUGGAUGGUGUGAAAAGCUGAGCUGUAGAUGACAAAGAGCAGCCUCGCAUAGGUGUUUUUGUGCUCAAGAUGUCCUAAUGAAGUGUGGAGCACAGUAGCGAUGGUGUCUUCUGUUGACCUGUUCUCUCUAUAUGCAAUUUCAUAAGGAUGAAGUGUCUGUGGUAUUGCAUGCUUAAUGUGUUUGAUGAGCAGCCACUCCAGGCAUUUGGCUUGUAUGGGGGGGGGUGUGCAACAGGUCUACAACUGUUCAGGCAUGGGACGCUUGUCUAUUUGAGAACAGGAACAAUUGUUGGUGCUUUGAAGCAGGCUGGGACCUGCACUGUUGACAGUGGCAUGGUGUAGAUCAGGGAUGUCAAACUCAUUCCACAAAGGGCCGGUGUGGCUGCAGGUUUUUGUUCCAACUAAGCAGCAUCACACCAGACGUGACUCGUUUAAUCAACCGAUCUCAGUCUCCAGACAGGUGAUUGGUCAGACUGUGUGCUGUAGGUAUGUUGGAACUAAAUGCUGUAGCCUAGAGCACACAGUCUGACCAUUCACCUGUCUGGAGACUGAGAUUGGUUGAUUAAAUGAGUCAGGUCUGGUGUGAUGCUGCUUAGUUGGAACAAAAACCUGCAGCCACACCGGCCCUAUGUGGAAUGAGUUUGACAUCCCUGGUGUAGAUGGUGGUGAAGACUUCAGAUAGCUCAGCCACACAGACUCUCGGGACCCGUCCCAGCACCUUAUCUAGUCCCGUUGCUUUUCUGAGGUUGGUGUCAUGCAGACAGAGUCUUGCAUGCAUGCUUGGGACUGGAGUGAUAUCACAAGAGGGGCGGGGGAGCAGUUCUGGCUCUGUGCUGUCCCUGGAAAACGGGCAUAGAAGUAAUUCUGCUCCUCUGACAAGGUGUCCAUGCAGUCCAUCAAGGUAGCUGUUGCUCUCUUGUAAUCCGUGACUGCUUUGAUGCAUUAGUUACAUUGACAUACACCUGAUCUAGUGUUUUAUCUCCCCUGUUGCACAGUUCAUGUUCCGGUAGAAUUAGGGAAGAACAGUUAUUCAGUCAACGUGAUUAAAUGAAACAGAUAAAUAGAAUAGAAAUACUGUAUUAACCAAUGAGGGGGAAAUUGUCUGCUAUAGUCGUAAGAGUACAGUUCCCACCACCAUAAAUACAGAUAACUAAGUAAAAAUGUGCAGUAAAUAAAAAAAUAAGCAAUAAGAGUAACACAAAAAGCAAAAUGUCCUAUGUAAAGGAUGUACAAAUGUUAUAGUGUUUCAUAGUUCAACUUGUGUGCAAGAGUAUUAAAAAAGUGUGCAAUUUCAAAUUACAGAACUGGGGAAAAAGUGCUACAAGGCAGAGAAUACUGAGAGCUCUCUGCCAGCCAGGGGUGAUACAGUGAACAGAGUUAUUGCUUGUGACAGGAAAGGUUUCCUAUAGUAUCUGUCCUUGUGGCAGUGUAGCUGGACCAGCCUGUUGGAAGUGCUGCUCCACUGCCUGUCCAGCAGGGGCUUAAGCAGGUGGUCAGGGUUAUCUAGGAGGGCUAACUAUCAGGGCUCCUUUAUUGCAAAAUCAAAUCCUUCUGGAAAACUUGAAAUUUUUUUUGUGGUAGGUUGUGGUAGGAAGCUGUUGUUUCCUGUAGUGCAGGGGAUUUUAGAAAUGGUAUCACAAAGACAGCUGAUAGGGAGGAAAAAGCUGAAGCCGUGACAUCCACAACCAAUGGCAGACUGAUAGCUGCAGUCUUCAUCCAGUGAGUCAGACUAGAAGCAUACAGACCCUUUUCAAGGCACAAUAAAAUAAUCUUAAACAUGGUGUAGCAAUAGUCAUUUCAAUAGCUUAAUUUUGAUUGACUCCCCGAUGAUUCAGCACAUGAUAUUAUCAGUAAGUUGGGCCAGUGCUGAUCCUGUCAUGUCUUGACUGGGGAUUGACCAAUAUGGGUUUUUGGAGGGGCUGACUGAUACCAGUGCUGAUUAUUGGUGAUCAACAAAGGCUGAUCAUUGAUAUUGGGAACUGAUAUACACUACAUGUAAUGUCUUAACAGCAUGUGAUAGCAGGGAAGCUAUCAUUUAUAACCAGACUUCUUUAUUUAUAAGGGUGACUGUGACUGAAUAACUGAAAUAGAAAUAGGAGUGAUUAAAAUACAGAUACUCUCAUCUGUUUAUGCAGGAUCGACUGAGAUUGAUCAGUUUUACCUCUACAGUUACAUCUGUUGUUCUGUUUUCAUAAUCUUUCACUGCUCUAUCACUUUUAUAGCUCACUGAGAUCCAUAUAUUAAAGCAUUAUUAUUUUUGUUGUCUAGACUCUGUUGCAGGGUGAUUUGUGGCUGCCUUCUAACCAAGCUACUAGCUUUUAGUGUAGCCUUAGCCACUGUGAGAGCAGCUAAUUUCCUGGUUUGAGGCAACGGCUUGUGUAUCAUGCACCCAUAAGAGACAAUAGGUUAUGUGGCUCUGUGUAGACUGUAGUUAACUUUUUACUAACUUUUUCUUACUGCCAUAGUUAACGUGAUGUUUACAUCUCUUCCUCAGGACCACAUCUUACCACCUGGUGUGUUGCAACCUUUUUGCUGUAACUGAUAUGAUGCCCACUUCCUAUUGUGCAAAACAGUAAUCUGGUAAAUAGUAACUGAAACAAAAUUCUAAAACAGGCUUUUAUUUAGCUUGGUUAUCAGAAAAUGGUAUAAAUCUGCCCAGUUUCUUGUUAGAAUUAGAAAAGUCAGUCAUUUUCACAUCAUAACUGAGCCAGUGGCCGUCUUGCAACCAGAGGGUUGCCGGUUCGAUCCUCAGCCCAUCGUGCUCAUGUUGAGGUGUCCCUGAGCAAGACACCUAACCCCUAACUGCUCCUGAUGGGUCGUGGUUAGCGCCUUGCAUGGCAGCUUCCGCCAUCAGUGUGUGAAUGUGUGUGUGAAUGGUAACCUUGCCAGCAAGUUGAUUUCUCGCGAUAUUUGUGAGUUCACAAAUCUCUCAAGAAACCAUCUUGCACCGCUCCCGCAUUCACUGUUCGUACAGAGCCAAGUUGGCACGGGCCAAUCACGCAGCAGUAUUCGUGUGUGGGGCGGGAUAUUCGGGUGUGAAGACGACACCAAGCGCCAGUAGAUCAAAACAAACACGGCAACGGAGGACAAUGAUCGUGUAGAUGCUGCUAUUAAGUCAGUUUUAGCUGAAUCUCCUAUCGCUUCUUUGAAGGAAGAACAACGAGAGGCGCUUUGCGCAUUUCUGGAUGGUAAAGAUGUUUGUGCUUUUUUACCUACGGGUUUUGGUAAGAGUUUAAUCUACCAAUUGGCUCCACUCGUUGUGAAGAUCCCGCAAUUGGCUAAAAACAAACCUGUCAGAGGCGGGACAUACUGUUGCAUUGUCCAAUCCGUGCCUCUUUCCUCCGAACGGAUUUACAUGGAGCGGUCCCAGAUUGACAUUGUGGAGUACUAUCAAGUACUACACAAUUAUUAAUCUGGCUAUUGCCAGGUUAUGUGAAUGGGUGAAUGUGACGUAUCAUGUAAAGCGCUUUGGGUACCUUGCAGGUAUAGUAAAGCGCUAUAUAAAUAUAGACCAUUUACCAUUUACCAUAACAAGCUACAUCUAUACUUUAGUGGUUAUUACUGUUUUUUCUACAUUUUUUUAAACAAUUUUUCUCACUAUUUUAACAAAACAAUUUAUAACAUUUAUCAUUAAUAGAAAAUAGGAAAUUAUUCUUUGUCAUGAAUCUCGGCAGCUGUUUUCAAAUCUCAGUCACUGCACACCCCUAUUCCAAGAGGUAAACAUGUUAAUAUAAUAGAAUUAUAGAAUCAGAACAUUUACAGUACCAUUUUAAUGUUGCAGUUUCUUAUGUAAAAAAGGACUGAAAUAUCUACAGUGAGUGACAAAAAUUCACAGCGCUGGAAUCCAUAAACAUUUUUUGUUUUGUGAUUUUUAUUGAAUUACAUUGCAGCUAUCAAAGUGUGUGAAUAUCAAGGAAGGUUUUUCCUAAUUACAGUAUCUUUAUCUUGUAAACACAGCAUCAAACUAUCAUAUUAAUUGUAGACAUCUCUUUAUUAUGAGAUUAUUACUAGGCUGUUUUCCUCUGGUAAUUACAGUACACUUUGGUAAAUUGCUGCUUGUUACCUAAGAAUAAUGGCUUUAAAGUCUGCCAGCAAUAACAACUGCUAUAGUAACAACUUGUCUUUUACAAUAAAUGUUUAGACAGAGAUUUGAUUGGUGUACUUACUUUUAUAAGCUCACUGCUUGUAUUCCAUGUUUUUUCUCUUUCUUUUUCUUACAAUAAAUUUUAUAUUGUUA